GGCUGUUUUCUAAAGCAAAGAACUUUACCAAAGGCCGAUAGUGAUGUCAGAGGAUUCGACAGGGUUUCUCGUCAUUUAUAUCAUCACAUUCCUGAUUAGUUUUCCUAAUGCUGUGCUUGCGUUCUGCUCAUGUAUUCACAAGAUUCUCCAUAAACCUAUCCCCAUUGACAUAUUUAUGUUGAACCUCACUGUUUCUGACCUGGUCUUCCUCACCUUCCUGCCUUUCAAGAUGAAAGAGGCCACAGACGACAUGGUUUGGAACAUGCCCUAUAUCCUGUGCCACUUUAAUAUGUUCAUGUUCUUUCUUCCUUUCUACUCCAGUGGCAUGUUCUUAACAGCAAUAAGUGCUGAGCGAUAUGUUUGUAUACGAUUUCCAAUGAAGUAUAAAAGUCAAAGGAGAAACAUCUAUACAAUAUUAAUAUGUGUCGCCAUCUGGGCACUUGUUAUAGCACUCGUAGCAUUUGGUUACAAGGCCACAUACACCGAUUCAGAAAUACACAACACUACUAAUCAACAACCUCUGGUGACAGAACCUCUGAGAUGUUAUAGUCACUUCACUGCAACACAGCUGAGAGAACUGAGUAAAAUACGCAUGGCUACCCUGGCAGUAAUAUGUAUAUCUUUCAUCAUUUGCUGCUUCUGUUAUAUCAAUGUCAUCUGUAUUUUGCUGAAGCUUCCUCUCAUUAACCGCUGUCGCAGGCUCCGGGCGAUUGGACUGGUUUUGGGGACACUUCUUGAGUUUACAGUUUGUUACGCUCCUAUCAGUGUAUCAUACAUAGUUGGCUACAUCAGACAAGAAAAUCCAAGCUGGCGUAUGAAAGCUUUAAUGCCGACCACUUUAAAUGCAUGUUUUGAUCUUAUUAUAUUUUUCUGUAUCUCUAGGGAGAUGAGAAAGGCAAUCUGUGUAAUUGCAAAUGCUUUGUUUCAGUUAUAUGCCAAUUCAAAGAAGUUUGUGUUGUUGUGCACUUAAAUAUUUUAAGUUUUUAGAAGAGAUUGUG